AUUUAAAAACAUGGCUACCAUGUGAAAAUGAAUCGGUUUGCAUACUGUAAACAAGUUUCUAUCUCUAAUUUGUCAUGAGAGCCUUGUUUUGCGUUGUCGAUUGCACGAAUCGCCGAUUAACGGAAACGUGCCCCGUAUCCUGAGGGUAAAUCGUGGAUCCACCGAAAGUGCCAAACAACUUUCGGGAGUGAAAGCCCCCGCGCGAACUGACAGUAGCGCAGGUUCUGUUUUCCACGAGCGACUGACGACUAUCCGUUGCCUUCGUUUCAUUAUCUGGAAACGCUCUCGUCUUGCUCUGUGAAACCAAAGUGCACUGCAGAUUUGUACGGAAACUCUUCCAAAAAAUGCAGUUUAGGAAACUUCUCGUCUGAGAAGUGGACCGUGUGAAUCUUGCGCACAGUCUUUAUCACUUACAAAAAUACUGCCCCUGUCAAACGUCCUCAUGGAUACUGCAGGUUUUGAUACCAUUAUGCGCCAUCCGAAAACCGUCAUCCAUUUGGAUGUCGAUUGCUUUUAUGCUCAGGUGGAAAUGAUCAAUCACCCCGAAUUGGAGGGAAAGCCAUUAGGUGUGCAGCAAAAGAGUAUAGUGGUCACAAGCAACUACCUGGCGAGAGAAUACGGAAUAAAGAAAUGUAUGUCGGUGCAAGAGGCAUUGCGCCUGUGUCCGGAGCUGGCCUUGGUAAACGGAGAGGAUUUAACGAACUAUCGUCAUUAUUCGACCAAAAUAUCUGAAAUCCUGCACCAGUUUACGCCAUUAGUGGAAAGACUGGGCUUCGAUGACAAUUUCCUCGAUGUGACGUCGAUAGUGGAAAAACAACUCAAGUCGCACAGUGAUACGGAACUUGACAUGAGCAGCUCGAGUACAGAGUUUGAGGAUUUAAAAGAGGUUAGCAAGAUAUUUGGCCCCUCGGAGGAGGAAUGUCCAUGCGGUUGUCAUACGCGCUUGAUGAUUGGCUCGAAAAUAGCAGCCGAAAUAAGGAAUCGCAUUUACGAGGAACUGCAUCUUACUUGCAGCGCUGGAAUAGCACACAAUAAGCUUCUGGCGAAAUUAGCAGGAUCGUUAAACAAGCCGAAUCAACAAACAUUGAUUUUUCCAUGCAGCGGUCCAAUGUUACUCUCCACGAUAGGUUCCGUGUCCAAGAUACCUGGCGUUGGACAGAAGACUAUGGAAUUAUUGUUAUCGAACAACAUAAGGACAGUUGACGAUCUGCAUAGAAUACCUUUAGAAAAUUUGGAACUAAAAAUUGGCGUUGAUCUAGCGAGACGACUGAAGGACAACGCCGAGGGAAUCGAUGAGACAGCGGUAAAACCAUCCGGAAAGAAACAAUCCAUAGGUCUGGAAGAUGGAUUUAAAAGUGUGUCGCUGGUAGCCGAAGUAGAGUCGCGAUUGGGCGCACUGUUGAGAAGAUUAACGGAGUUGGCAAUGGAGGAUGGCAGGAUUCCCAUUGCCAUGAGAAUAACAGUGAGGAAACAUGAUUUGAACAAACCCACUUCGGGUAAGAGAGAGACUAGGCAGUGUGCGUUGCCGAAACAUCUCUUACCGUCCACAAAAAAUGGCGUAUACGAUCAUCAUAAAAUGCUGACACUCGCCAUGAAGCUAUUCCAUCGAAUAGUCGAUGUCUCCAAGCCAUUCCACUUGACACUUCUGGGAGUUGCAUUCACGAAGUUCGAGGAGAGAUCGUAUGGCAGGAGUAGCAUCGCACCUUUCUUGUGUAAACAAGUCGCCGUCCAUUCCGUUUUAGACAUUAGCUCAGAAGAAGGUAUUUCUGAAGCGAAUCAGGGAUCGCCGAUGAGUAUUAAUCAGGACAGCAACGACUCGGAUCAAUCGGCGAUGAGCGUGAUGAGCACUGCCGCGUCGAGUCUUUCGUGCUCGCCAAUCUCGAAAUUGUGUGUGGCAAGUCAGAACGCGGAGGACGACUUGCAAAACGAGGUAGAACCACUACCGAAGAAAACCAAGCUGGAGGUAUGGCUGAGAGGUCCUCGAGAAUCGCCGAGUAACGAAAUGGCUGGUCUAAGACUAAGUCCUUCAUCACCAAUGCAAUUAUCACCUACAGUGGACACUACGGUUUUCAAGACUCUACCCAUUGAGAGGAGAGAGGUCACUCGUUCUUGGCCCACAACCAGCAAACCAAAACCAAACAAUAUACUUAAAUAUUUUAUAGCCAAUAAGUGACGGAGCUCUGUGACCUAGUAUUGAAUAGAAGUCGCGUAUGCACUUAAAUCGACAACGUUAAAUGGCAGCACCACAUAAUAUUAUGCAGGAUAUGAUUUUUAAUUUUUAUUAUUUUGGAUGUGUGUGCCAAAUUCUAGAAUACAUAACAUGUUAUAUGGCAAA